UGUCUUAAAGUUCUUAAGUUUAGACGUUACGUGUUAGCAUAAAAUAUUUUCAUUUAAGUAUUUCAUUAAUAAUCUAAACAAUUGUACAGAUAUAUUUUUUCAUUAUUUACGUGUGUGUUAAUAGUGUUUUAAGAAACCGUAAUCAUAAUAAUGCAUCAAUAAUUAAUUAAAAAUGUAAGAAAGUGCUAUAAAUGUGAUAUUGCCGAGACGUGUGGUGUUAUGUGAACGUACCCCAUGAAGCUUACCCAUCAUGAAACUAGAAAGAGCUGAUAAUUGUGAGUGAAUCUGGCGAUACAAUUAGCGGCGGGUGCGCGGCGGGUGCGGGCGGCGCGGGGCGGGGCGGGGAGGGCAUGACUCGCGCGUCGUGACGGCGACAUUACCGGGCGCAUGGCUUCAGCAGGCGCGGGGGAUGGUGGCGCAGAGAGCGCGCGGAGAGAGCCGCGAGCAGACAUGGCGGACCCGGAGUCGCCCGCCAGCCCCACGCAGCAGCUGCUGCCGUCAGACUACUGGCACAAAGUGAAGGUGGUGCCCAACAGCGGCUCCCUGUCGCCCGGCGUCUACUACCCCACCGCCUCCAAGAGGUGCGAGCCUGUGCCGUCCCCCACACUGAGCCGCUCGCACCGGCACGGCGUGACGCGGCGCACGCGGCGGCGCGCCAUCCUCAAGAAUGGCGAGUGCAACAUCCUCAAGUCGCGCAUCUCGCAGCGGCGCCUGCGCUUCCUGCAGGACAUGUUCACCACGCUGGUGGACGCGCAGUGGCGCUGGACGCUGCUCGUGUUCACGCUCUCCUUCAUCCUCUCCUGGCUCGGCUUUGGCCUCAUCUGGUGGCUGAUCUCCUUCACGCACGGCGACCUGGAGGAGGAGCACCUGCCGCCGCUGCAGGAGGCCAACAACUGGAAGCCCUGCGUCUUCAACAUAUUCGGCUUCACGUCGUGCUUCCUGUUCAGCAUAGAGACGCAGCACACGAUCGGCUACGGCGCCCGGACCACCACCGAGGAGUGUCCGGAGGCGAUAUUCAUUAUGUGUUUCCAAAGUAUUGUGGGGGUGAUGAUUCAAGCUUUCAUGGUGGGCAUAGUGUUUGCGAAAAUGACGAGGCCGAAGCACAGAACUCAGACGCUCCUGUUCUCGAAGUACGCGGUGAUCUGCCAGCGCGACGGCGAGCUGUGCCUCAUGUUCCGCGUGGGCGACCUGCGCAAGUCGCACAUCAUCGGCGCCAGCGUGCGCGCGCAGCUCAUCCGCUCGCGCACCACCAAGGAGGGCGAGCAGCUGGCGCACUACCAGACCGAGCUGGAGCUGCACGCCGACGGCUGCGACAGCAACCUGUUCUUCAUCUGGCCCAUCACGAUGGUGCACCGGAUCAAUGCCGAGAGCCCGUUCUACGGAGUGUCGGCCGCGGACAUCCUGCAGGAGCGGUUCGAGAUCGUGGUGAUCCUGGAGGGCACCAUCGAGUCGACGGGGCAGACCACGCAGGCGCGCUCCAGCUACACCACCAGCGAGCUCAUGUGGGGGCACCGCUUCGUGUCGCUCGUGUCGUACAACCGCGAGAGGCAGGGCUACGAGGUGGACUACUCCCGGUUCGAGGAGACGGCGCAGGUGGACACGCCGCUCUGCUCCGCCAAGGAGCUGGACGAGUUCUACGGCAGCCAGGCCGACCGCCGCUCGCUAGGUUUCCCUGACCCAGUGUCGCCGCUCCCUGAAGACCUCCUGAGACGGUCCAUGAACAGCCAGCAGCUGCAACCCCCAUCGCCGCUGGCAAACAUUAACAUAGGCAUAUCGGAUCGACUGGUGGCGGACGCCAUUAGGCGCGCCAGUCUCACACACAGGCCGUCCAUAGUUAAAUACCCUUCGGACUUCUUCAACAGUCACGAGAAUGAAUCUUCAUCGAGCGAGGAAGAAGUGAAAGAACGUAAAAAGUAAAAGAAAUAUUAUGUUGAUAUUUUUACUGAACAGCGCCAUCUAUUGAUGAGUAGUGGUACUAAAAAUGUAGAGCAUGUUUUAAAACAAACAGCGCCAUCUGUUUUCGAGUAGUAGUACUAUAAAUGUAGAGCAAACGAGAGAAAAUUUAUUAUAAUUAUGGUGCUAUAAUAGUGUGAUAUUUAUAAUUAUGUAUGAUACAUUGGACUUACUUAUAUUUACUGUUAAUUAGUUACUUUAGUUAAUAGAUAUUUUAUUAAUAUUAAGGACAUCCGAGGAAGUGUGUGCCUGCUGUCGCUGUCUUGUAAUAAUACCUAUGUGUGCGAGAACAAAUUUCACAGCAACACCUAGGAGUGUUACAAUUAAAUAUACUCUUAAGAAAAGUAAAACACUGGUGAAAAUUUUAUAAAUAUUUUUAUUACAAAGGUAUUAUUUUGCUACAUCAGAGACAUACGAAGCUCUACAGUUUCGCUGAUCACAUAGAGUCGGCGCCCGCGCCGUACGGGCAUCCAGCAUCAACACAUUCACUACAUUAAGUACAAAAAUAUACAAUUACCACAUAAUUUACUAAGCGUCACAUUGUCAUGGGAAGAGAAGAUUUUUUUAUCGAAUCGAUAUUUAUGGAACUUAUAUUUUUUUACUAUAAGAAUAGACUAUAAUUCAAGUUUCAAGAAUAGACUAUAUUCUAUAGUUGAUAAGCAUUCUCUCAUUGUUAUGAAUGCAAAAGGGAUACUUCUUAAGCUUUUCAGUUUCCAAAUUGCGAAUUCCAAAGGCGAGUAAUAAUAAUUUUAGAUUUCUGUGUCACACAAUUUAGUUGUCACAAAGUGCAUUAAAAUAAGUAACAGCCAAAUAAUAUAGGUCAGUAUUUCAAACAUACCUACAGUAUUGUAUACUUAUCUGAAAAAAGUUUAGUGGUAGGUAAAUAUUCCCUACAUUUAUUGUAAAUUUUAUUAAAGAGUGCCUAAGUAUGUAUAACUAAGCUAUACUACCUAAUACUUCGUUUUUAAUUUAGAGUCUUACAUUUACUUACAAAAUGGCGUAUGUUUAUUUGUUUACGUUAUACACAAAAAUACAUAUGAAAGCAUUCCUCCUUUGGAUAUUACAAGAUAUUAUUCAUACAACAUAC